AUGGCUACCCUUGCUACUGUUAAAUGGUAUAACUUGUACUUAUGUGACGUGGCUAACAGUCCCUGGAGCUACCCCCUACGAAGAGAGUGGUACAAAGGGCUAUUCUCUGCUGCUGCACUAAAAGAUCCUGGUGAAGCAAGUACCUCUGGAGAUGCUGGUACUGCGUCAGUUGAAGCAGGUCUUCCUUCUCUUCCAGUAAAGAAAGAUGGUACAGUUCACGAACAUGCGCAAGAAGGUUGGCGAAAUGGGGUACCGGGUUCCUUGCAGCUUUUGUGGUAA